AUGAUUACUGACUGCAUGGAAUUUGCCAGGAAAUGCCACAUUUUCCAUCUCCAUGGCGAAACUCUCCAUCAACCCCAAAAUACUCUGGCAUCAUGGCUGUUUGUAGCUUGGGGAACAAACAAACUCAGACCGAUAGAUCCUCCAUCCUCUACUGGUCACAAGAAAAUAUUGGCAGCAACAGACUCUUUCUCACGUUGGACCAAAGCUGUUAAGCUCAGAGAAGUCAAAGCAAUAACGGUCAACAAGUUUUUCCUGAACAACAUUAACUAUCGGUUUGGGGUCCCCAUCAGAUCACCUCCGAUAAUGGGAAGUCCUUCCAGAACACCAAGGUGUGGAAGUUCGCCAAUCAGUCUCAUCUUUACUGGAUCUACUCCACCAUAUACAAUGCGCGACCCAAUGGACUAG